AUGCACUCUCGCCACGCACACAAACUACCAGUUAUUGAGGAAAUAUUGAUUGGUAUUGCUGCCAGCUCGGCUGCCAAAUUCAUAUCCACCCCAUUCUCCACGAUUGUCACUCGCAAGCAGACUCAUGCCCUCAUGUACCCGCAUGCAAAGCCACCCACGAUAACUGACAUAUUCCACGAUGUUAUGAGAGAAAAGGGGAUAACAGGGUUCUGGUCUGGGUACUCUGCAGGCUGCCUGCUAACACUAAACCCGACAAUCACCUACUUGCUCUACGAAGGCUUGAAGAGAGUGGCGGGCGGGAAACAGAAGAAACUCAAGGGUGGAGAAACCUUCUUACUUGCGGCGGUAAGUAAAGCGAUCGCUACAGGAAUUACCUACCCGCUGGCUGUGGCAAAAUCGAGGACGCAAAUCCAAGGCGAGGAGGAGGAUAUUGCUGCUGUCGAAGUGAAUAUUAUUGGAAAAGCCAUCAAAAAAGGUCUUAGAAGGAAGGUGAAGCGGGCUAACAAUGUAGUGCAUGUGUUGGUUGAUAUAUUCAAACGGGAGGGGGUAGCCGCUUUAUAUGAGGGGGUGAUGGUUGAGAUAGCGAGGGGGUUUGUUUCUAAUGGGAUAUCCAUUCUCAUCAAAGAAUCUGUGCAUCGGACAAUUCUUUCGCUGUACUACUUUGUAAUGAGGGCCUAUAAUAAGGCAGAUGAUCACUCGUUCAGAUCUACUACCCGGAUUAUAGCCAAGGAUGCUUAUGACAAAGCGGGACAUAAACGCAAGAGGCUCAUUGACGGGGCUGUUGGUGCCGUAGACGCUGUCGAACAUAGUGUUGAGGCAGGAAGGUCAAAGGUUUCAGGUGUAAUCGAGGGGGGCCGGGAAAAGGUUGAACAUAUCAAGGAGAAGAUCGUUGAGCACACACCAUUAGCCGGUGGGCACAAGCAUCGCAGGUCAUCGGAUAACAGUCACCAUCUCAGUGGGAAAGUGAAACUCGGUGCCGCUGCGGUCGCGGCGGGGGCCACUACUGCCCAUCUUAAGAACAGACACGAGAAGCAGGAACGACACGGCCGACAUGAAGGACAUACUGCACAUGGUGGAGAGGCUAUCGUACACACCAAGAAGUAUGAACGACGUGAGCAACACGAAGGACUCGCCCCCCGUGAUGGAGACUUUGUCUCACACACCAAGAGACAGGAACGACGUGAACAACACGAAGGACACGCCGCCCAUGGUGGAGACUUUGCCUCAAACACCAGGAGACAGGAACGACGUGAACAACACGAAGGACGCGCCACCCAUGGUGGAGACUUUGUCUCGCACACCAAGAGACGGGAACGACGUGAACAACACGGGGGACACGCCACCCAUGGUGGAGACUUUGCCUCAAACACCAAGAGACAGGAACGACGUGAACAACACGAAGGACGCGCCACCCAUGGUGGAGACUUUGCCUCACACACCAAUAGACAUGAACGACGUGACCAACGCGGGGGGCAUACUGCCCACGGUGGAGAGGUUGUUGUGCACACAAAGAGGGGGAGAGUGGCAGAAUGGAGGGAUGGUGUCAAUGAGUCCAUGGCCGAUGCCUCUAUCAACAAUCGAUUUGGCGAGGCUACCGGCCACCAGAGUCAUGUCGCUAUGGCUACUGGGGGUAUUUCCGACGCUGCUUUCCACAACCAGUUUGCCAAGUCUAGUGGUCGUCAGUCUCAUGCUGUUAAUUUCACAGGUUCCCGAAAUCGGUUCGAAGACGAGGCCCGGAUGUCCGACCACAACCGUACUGGCUUGGUUGAAAAUGUUGAUGUUCGGGAAUUGAGGGACGAUCGUAUCCAUACUGGAGAGAUGACAGUGAUUGAGGAUCGUCAUCACGGACAUGGCCGUGGCGGUGGGUUGAUUGACUCGCACACUCGUGUCGAGAAGACCACCAUCCAUGGAGGUCAUGAACAUGGACACGGACACGGACUACACGGCCUGGCCCAAGUUGAAGGAUCAUCCCAUCACGCUGGACACGACCACUUGACUGACGCUCGUAUUCGUUCCGGAGAAACUCGCUUCCACGAAGAGCACAGCCAUAGCCACAGCGGUACGAGUAACGGGCACAUACGUGGUGGUGGCGGGUCCUCCCACAAUGAGGGUUUCGAUGGGCUCGCGGAUACUCGCAUCGUUACUGAGAAGACUACUAUCCGUGAAGGACAUGAGCAUGGAGCUGGUCAUGGCCAUGGUCAUGGUGGCGGUCACAGUAACGCACUUGUUCACGUUGGCGGAUCCUCUCGUCAUUCCGGUCGAAAUGCUUUGCUCGAUUCCCGUGACUCACACAUGCACUCGGAAAAGACUAAAGCCCGUGAGAGCCAUAGCUAUGAUGGUCUCUCUGAUACCCGAAUUCAUCAUGGACGGUCCUCUCGUAGUGCUGGACACGGGGGUUUCGUUGAAAACCGGACCCACUCCGAAAAUGCCAUUUUCCGUGAAGGGCAAAACAUUGAUGGCUUGACUGACUCGCGGUUUCAGGGUAACAAACACUCCCGCCACGAGGGCCGCAGUGGAUUGGGUGAUACUCACAUUAUCGAAAAGACUACUAUCCGUGAAGGUCGUGCUGAUUCGCAUGACUCGCACCACUUUGGAGAAUCGAAUCGUGGACGCCAUUCCGACUCCGACCUACGCGGCCGCCAUAGCUCCGUUUUCGACGUUGUUAAUAAUGCUGUAGCUGUAGGCACUGCUAUUGGGGCUACUGUCGGAGGUGUUGUAAAGCAAGCGGUUACCGGCCACGGAAGUCAUCAUGGCCGUAAGCACCAACACCGCAGUCACAGCCAUGGGCGUGAACAUGGCCAUCAUGGAAAAGGUGGUGAACUCGUUCUUUACCGCCAGAAAUCUGUUGAAUUGCGGGACGGCAAGGUCUCCGAUUCUGAUCUUAAUGACCAUUCUCGUGACCAUCGCGGAAAACACAGUUCCAGUCAUAGCAAUCUCCACACUGGAGUUUCUUCUGAUUCUCGUGCCAAUUUUGAGUUCGAAGCCGAACGACGACAUGGCCAUAAGAGUAGCGGAGGCCAUGUUGGGGGGCUCGCUGAUGAACGCAUUACUAAGGAGACUCGUUUCACAAAAUUUACCGAUAAUCUUCGCCCAGACGAAGCCCUUCAGAGCCCUGGAUUCCUCCGCUCUGGUCCUACACCAUUUGGCGAGACACGUGAGGAGGUUUUUCACGACUCUUCCCGCAGAGCCAGUGGUAGUGUUCGUGGACCACUUGGCGCACUUGGGGAGCGCAUGGUUAAGAACCAGGAGAGUACCUGGGUAGACAACAUUUCAUCAGCAGCUAAUGGUGGCGCGGCCGAGAAUGUGACACAUGUUGAGAAGACCUGGGAUAUUGACGAUGAUAACCACACUGAGGUUUACAACUUUAUGGAAGAGAAGAGGAAAGCUGUUCCCGUUCCCAGAUCUGAAAGCAAGGUUAUCACUGAGCAAAAAUGGUGGAAUACUCCCAGUGGAAAAGGUUAUAAAUAAGUGCGAGGUGCUGGUAUUCUCUUUCUUUUUUUCUUUUUUUCUUUCUUUCUUUGGUCGGGUGUGAUAUCGUGGGCUCCAUUUCAGAAGCUUGUUGGAGAGCGGCUGGGGUAUAGGAGGCUGGAUGAUUCUGGCAAGUUAGUUGUUCCUUUGCAUUUAAUCGUACCAAUACAUAAUGUUC